ACUACCUGCCCACAUCCAUCCUCCAUCCCUCGCCUUCAUGACUCCUCACUUUGAAGCUAUCCAUAUAUGAACUCUCUUCCUUAACACAUCCACCGCAUGCAACCAUCUGACACAAUGAGCAAUGCUCCUUCUCCACCCGCCGCUACGUCUUGUUCUCGCUCCUGGUCUGUAAGCGAGGAUUCGUUGAGGAGGUACGUGAACUAUGCGAGCGAGAGAUGCAUUCAGGAGCUCUUAUCGGCCUCCGAGUCCAGCGAUGGUUGGAAGGUCUUGACGUUUCGGAAUGGCGUUGAGAUCUCGAGGAGGAGCUCAGCCUCGCUGCACGUCUUCAGAAGCCGCUGGCUUCUCCGCUCGGUUUCCCCACAGCAGUUCUUCAUGGUCGCCAACGCCAUUGAUGCCGCUAAGCAAUGGGAUCCGGAUCUGGUGGAAGCAAAACACAUCAAGGACCUCAAUGACAACCUCAGGAUCAUUGCACUGAGGUUUGGUGACGCAUCGAAGCCGCUCUUCAAGAAGCGAGAAUUCGUAGUCUACGAGCGCCGUGAGAGUCUGGAUGAUGGAACCCUAGUGGUGGCUGUGGCUUCUCUGCCUCAUGAAAUAGCUGCAGGAUUGCAGCCAAAGAACGGUAAUGCCAUUCGAGGGCUGUUGCUUCAAUCUGGAUGGGUGGUGGAGAAGCUUGAAGAUGACUCUUGCGUGGUGACGUAUGUUGUUCAGUUGGAUCCUGCUGGUUGGCUGCCCAAGUGUUUUGUGAACAAGCUCAACACUAAGCUGGUCAUGAUCAUUGAAAACCUAAAGAAGUUGGCACAAACCUGCCCGGUGGACAGAGAAAUGUGAAUGUGGAUUACUGAAGUUAGUAGUAAAUACAUGAGUAAAUAAAUUUAUAUAGGUAUGAUCUCAUGUUUCUUUGUGA